AUAACAUCACACCAAUUCAAAUCUUACAAUUAAUUAAUUCUAAUCUGAUUUCUAUCAAUGUUGCAUGCUUCGUCUAUCCAUCUAUCGCCACUUUAAACGUUUGACGGGUUGUUGUGGUCAUCGUUCAAUAUUGACCAAUCACACCCCUUUAGUUGUCAAACCUUACGAAAUCACUCUUGUAGCUUCUCUGCGCACCGUCAACGACAUCACAUCCAUACCCCCAACUCCACUCCGCCGCCCGCGAAACUCGCAGCGCUUCCACAAUGGCCAACACAAGGCCAUUGACGAUGCUAGCACGCAGCAAUCCCCUUGCUGCUUCGCUAUUGAGGCCGACACGCUUCACCCCUCGAACACCGGGACCCGCCACGGCAGUAUUCUUUUCGACCAGCGGCAUCCGUUUCGCAUCGCCACUGGGACCUCCAGCGCCAGGAUUCCGUCUGCCUCCCCCUAAACGUUGGCAGGAUGGAGAGGGCGCUCUGGACCGAGCAGGAAAGUACUUCUUGCUCGUGGAGAUGUUCCGGGGCAUGUACGUUGCGCUCGAACAAUUCUUCAGGCCUCCAUAUACCAUUUUCUACCCAUUCGAAAAGGGCCCUAUCUCCCCCCGUUUCCGUGGCGAACACGCUCUCCGAAGGUACCCAACUGGCGAGGAACGUUGCAUUGCCUGCAAGCUUUGCGAGGCCAUCUGCCCCGCGCAGGCCAUCACUAUCGAAGCCGAAGAGCGUAUGGAUGGAAGCCGAAGGACAUCGCGUUACGACAUUGAUAUGACCAAGUGCAUCUACUGCGGUCUGUGCCAGGAGAGCUGCCCCGUCGAUGCCAUUGUUGAAGGUCCAAAUGCUGAGUACGCCACCGAGACAAGGGAGGAGCUUCUAUACAACAAGGAGAAGCUUUUGGCAAACGGUGACAAGUGGGAACCAGAAAUUGCAGCUGCCGCCCGUGCGGACGCACCUUACAGGUAGAAUGGGAAAAAGUUGGCG